GUUGCCACCAUCACAAAUAUCCAUCUCAUGCUGGGAGAACCAUAUAAAGUUGAGUGGGGCUUCUUUACAAGGGACGAGGAAAGGAUAGACUGCUAUCCAGAUGAGCAUGGUGUUUCUGAGGCAAACUGCACUGCCCGUGGCUGCAUCUGGGAGGUAUCCAACACUCCUGGGGUCCCUCAUUGCUACUUUGCUAAUGAGCUGUACUCAGUCAGCAACAUUCAGUAUGACUCACAUGGGGCCACAGCUGACAUCACCUUGAAGGCUUCUUCUUAUAGCAAUGCCUUCCCCUCUACACCUGUGAAUCAACUCCAAUUGAAAGUGACCUACCACAAGAAUGAAAUGCUGCAGUUUAAGAUCUAUGAUCCCAACCACAGUCGGUAUGAAGUCCCAGUCCCUCUGAACAUCCCCAGUGCUCCAUCAAGCACUGAAGACCGUCUAUAUGAUGUCCUCAUCAAGGAGAAUCCAUUUGGGAUUCAAAUUCGCCGGAAGAGUACAGGCACUGUAAUCUGGGACUCUCAGGUCCUUGGCUUCACUUUCAAUGACAUGUUCAUUCGCAUCUCCAACCGCCUGCCCUCCACAUACAUCUAUGGCUUUGGAGAAACUGAGCACACAACCUUCAAGAUAGACCUGAACUGGCAUACGUGGGGCAUGUUUUCCAGGGAUGAACCUCCAGGGUAUAAGAAGAAUUCUUAUGGUGUCCACCCUUACUACAUGGGACUGGAGGAGGAUGGCAAUGCCCAUGGAGUCCUCCUGAUGAAUAGCAAUGCCAUGGAUGUGACCUUCCAGCCUCUGCCUGCCCUGACAUACCGAACCACAGGGGGCAUUCUGGACUUCUAUGUGUUCUUGGGCCCAACUCCAGAGAUUGUUACUCAGCAAUACACAGAGCUGAUUGGUCGGCCCGUGAUGGUACCUUACUGGUCCCUGGGAUUCCAGCUGUGUCGCUAUGGAUAUGAGAAUGAUGCUGAGAUCGCCAACUUGUAUGAUGAGAUGGUGGCUAAGCAGAUCCCCUAUGAUGUGCAGUACUCAGACAUUGACUACAUGGAGAGACAGCUGGACUUCAAGCUCAGCCCCAAGUUCCUUGGGUUACCAGCCCUGAUCCAUCGCAUGAAGGAUGAUGGGAUGCGGGUCAUCCUUAUUCUGGACCCAGCCAUUUCGGGCAAUGAAACACAGCCUUAUCCUGCCUUCACUAAUGGUUUGGCAAAUGACGUCUUCAUCAGAUAUCCCAAUAAUGGAGACAUUGUCUGGGGAAAGGUCUGGCCCGAUUACCCUGAUAUUGUUGUGAACUCUUCUCUGGACUGGGACAUUCAAGUAGAGCAAUACCGAGCUUAUGUGGCCUUCCCAGACUUUUUCCGGAAUUCAACUGCCACAUGGUGGAAGCAGGAGAUCCAAGAACUCUACACGAACACAGAGGAACCAGAAAAGAGCUUGAAGUUUGACGGCCUGUGGAUUGACAUGAAUGAACCUUCCAGCUUUGUGAAUGGAGCAGUUCCUUCAGGCUGCAGUGAUGCUACUCUCAACCGUCCUCCCUACAUGCCAUAUUUGGAAAGCAGGAACAGAGGCCUGAGCAGCAAGACCCUGUGCAUGGAGAGUGAGCAGAUCCUUCCAGAUGGCACCCGGGUGCGGCACUAUGAUGUGCACAGCCUGUAUGGGUGGUCACAGACUAGACCCACCUACGAAGCUGUGCAGGAGGUGACAGGAGAGAGAGGGAUCGUCAUCUCCCGCUCCACAUUCCCCUCUUCUGGACGCUGGGGAGGACACUGGCUGGGAGACAACACAGCUGCCUGGGACCAGCUGGGGAAAUCCAUCAUUGGCAUGAUGGAGUUCAGCCUCUUUGGCAUAUCCUAUACCGGGUCAGACAUCUGUGGAUUCUUUCAAGAUGCUCAGUAUGAGAUGUGUGUUCGCUGGAUGCAGCUGGGUGCCUUUUACCCCUUCUCCAGGAACCACAACACCAUUGGGACCAGGAGACAAGACCCUGUAUCCUGGGAUAAAAACUUUGAGGAUAUUUCCAGAAGUGUGCUGGAGACCAGAUACACACUGUUACCGUAUCUCUACACCUUGAUGUACAAAGCCCAUAAGGAGGGCAGCACAGUUGUGCGGCCUCUUCUCCAUGAGUUUGUGUCAGACAGAGAGACCUGGAAUAUAGACAAACAGUUCCUGCUGGGUCCAGCCUUCCUAGUCAGCCCUGUGCUGGAACUUAAUGCCCGAAACAUCAGUGCAUAUUUCCCCAAAGCCCUCUGGUAUGACUAUUACACGGGUGCAAGUAUCAAUUCUACAGGAGAGUGGAAGACCUUACCAGCCCCUCUUGAGCACAUCAAUCUUCAUGUCCGAGGGGGUUACAUCCUGCCAUGGCAACGGCCUGCCCUGAACACUCACUUAAGUCGGAAGAAUCCUCUUGGUCUUCUCAUUGCUCUGGAUGAGAACAAAGAAGCAAGAGGAGAACUGUUCUGGGAUGAUGGACAGUCAAAGGAUCUCACAACCAAUAACAUUCUGUGUAAAUUUUUGGUCACUCAAAACCGCUUGGAUGUGAGCACUUUAGAAUCAACUUACACAAACCCCGACAAAUUAGCAUUUCAGGAGAUUAAAAUUUUUGGAACAGAGGCACUUUACAAUGUUACAGUGAAAUACAAUGGUAUGGUAACUCAGAAGUCUCAAGUCAGUUACGAUCCAAACAUGAAGGUUGCAGUUAUUACGGGUAUCCAACUUCUCCUGAAUGAAUCUUAUACAGUGGAGUGGGAUGACAGCAUUAGAGAUGAGGAAAAGAUAGAUUGCUACCCAGAUCAAUAUGGGGCUUCUGAAGCAAGCUGCACUGCCCGAGGCUGUGUCUGGGAGGUAUCCAGCUCUUCUGGGGUCCCUUUUUGCUACUUCGUCAAUGAGCUGCACUCAGUCAGCAAUGUUCAGUAUGACUCACAUGGGGCCACAGCCAGCAUCUCCUUGAAGGCUUCACCUUUUAGUAAUGCCUUCCCCUCUACACCCGUGAAUCAGCUACAACUACAAGUGACUUACCACAAGGACGAAAUGCUGCAGUUUAAGAUCUAUGAUCCAAACCACACUCGGUAUGAAGUCCCAGUCCCUCUGAACAUCCCCAGUGCUCCAUCCAGUACCCCUGAGAGACGCCUCUAUGAUGUGCUCAUCAAGGAGAACCCAUUUGGGAUUGAAAUUCGUCGGAAGGGUACUGGCGCUGUAAUCUGGGACUCUCAGCUCCUUGGCUUCACCUUCAAUGACAUGUUCAUCCGCAUCUCCACCCGCCUGCCCUCUGAGUACAUCUAUGGAUUUGGGGAAACCGAGCACACAACUUUCAAGAUAGACCUGAACUGGCAUACGUGGGGCAUGUUUUCCAGGGAUGAACCCCCAGGGUAUAAGAAGAAUUCCUAUGGUGUCCACCCUUACUACAUGGGGCUGGAGGAGGAUGGCAAUGCCCAUGGAGUCCUCCUGUUGAACAGCAAUGCCAUGGACGUGACAUUCCAGCCCAUGCCUGCUCUGACAUACCGUACCACAGGGGGAAUUUUGGAUUUUUAUGUAUUUUUGGGGCCAACUCCUGAGCUUGUCACUCAACAGUACACAGAGUUGAUUGGUCGGCCUGUGAUGGUACCUUACUGGUCCCUGGGAUUCCAGCUGUGUCGCUAUGGAUAUGAGAAUGAUGCUGAGAUUGCCAACUUGUAUGAUGAGAUGGUGGCUAAGCAGAUCCCCUAUGAUGUGCAGUACUCAGACAUUGACUACAUGGAGAGACAGCUGGACUUCAAGCUCAGCCCCAAGUUCUCUGGGUUUCCAGCCCUGAUCAAUCGCAUGAAGGGUGAUGGGAUGCGGGUCAUCCUCAUUCUGGAUCCAGCCAUUUCUGGCAAUGAGACACAGCCCUACCCUGCCUUCACCCAGGGUGUGGAGAAUGACGUCUUCAUCAGAUAUCCCAAUGAUGGAGGCAUUGUCUGGGGAAAGGUCUGGCCUGAUUAUCCUAAUGUCACUGUGAACUCUUCAUUAGACUGGGACAAUCAAUUGGAGCAAUACCGAGCUUAUGUGGCCUUCCCAGACUUUUUCCGUAAUUCAACUGCCACGUGGUGGAAGCAGGAGAUUAAAGAACUCCACAGCAACUCACAGGAUCCUACAAAGAGCUUGAAGUUUGAUGGGCUGUGGAUUGAUAUGAAUGAACCUUCCAGCUUUGUGAAUGGGGCAGUUCCUUCUGGCUGCAGUGAUGCUACUCUGAACCAUCCUCCCUACAUGCCAUAUUUGGAAGGCAGGGACAGAGGCCUGAGCAGUAAGACACUGUGCAUGGAGAGCGAGCAGAUCCUUCCAGAUGGUUCCCGAGUGCGACACUAUGAUGUACACAGCUUGUAUGGGUGGUCUCAGACCAGACCCACCUAUGAAGCUGUGCAAGAGGUGACAGGAGAGAGAGGGAUCGUCAUCACCCGCUCCACAUUCCCCUCUUCUGGACGCUGGGGAGGACACUGGCUGGGAGACAACACAGCUGCCUGGGACCAGCUGGGGAAAUCCAUCAUUGGCAUGAUGGAGUUCAGCCUCUUUGGCAUAUCCUAUACUGGGUCAGACAUCUGUGGGUUCUUUCAAGAUGCUCAGUAUGAGAUGUGUGUUCGCUGGAUGCAGCUGGGUGCCUUUUACCCCUUCUCCAGGAACCACAACACCAUUGGGACCAGGAGACAAGAUCCUGUAUCCUGGGAUAAAAACUUUGAGGAUAUUUCCAGAAGUGUGCUGGAGACCAGAUACACGCUGCUGCCAUAUCUCUACACCUUGAUGUACAAAGCCCACAAGGAGGGCAGCACAGUUGUGCGGCCUCUUCUCCAUGAGUUUGUGUCAGACCGGGAAACCUGGAAUAUAGACAAACAGUUCCUGCUGGGUCCAGCCUUCCUAGUCAGCCCUGUGCUUGAGCUUAACGCCACAACGGUUUCAGCAUAUUUUCCCAGAGCCCGCUGGUAUGACUACUACACGGGUGUAGAUAUCAAUGCAAGGGAACAGUGGAAGACCUUGCAAGCCCCUCUUGAGUACAUUAAUCUUCAUAUUCGUGGAGGCUACAUUCUGCCCUGGCAGGAGCCUGCCAUGAACACCCAGUUAAGCCGGCAGAAGUUAAUGGGCCUCAAGGCUGCGUUGAAUGAUGAGGGAGUUGCUGAGGGCUGGCUCUACUGGGAUGAUGGAAAAAGCAUCGAUACCAAUAAGUACUACUUGGCCAGGUUUUCUGUCAGCCAGAAUACAUUGGAGACACAUGAGGUGAAUAACAAUUACAUCACUGGCACAGCGCCCUUGUAUCUAGGCUACAUUGAAAUCUGGGGAUUAGACAGUCCUUCCAUCACCAGUGUGAGGAUCUCCUGGAGAAAUGUGAAUGAAGAAGUCACUGCUGACUACAAUUCCACAACCCAGAUAUUACGUGUCAAUGUGACCGACAAAAAAAUCAGCCUGCAUUAUUUCAAGUCACUGACAUGGAGCUCUUCAUAAUUUUUUUAAAGCAAGAUACUAUGAACUGAUUUAAACUACUUAUACUUCAUAAUUAUAUAAUUACUGUAUCUAAUCAAUUGUUUCAUUUUCAGUAGGGCUAGGAUAUUUUAUAGUCUUAUUUUGUUAUUUUAUUUUGUGUAUAUGACUCCCAAAGAUAAAAUCUGUAAUGUACCUAUAUAAUUAGUGUGGUAUAUAUGGCUCAUCAUAUGACAUUUGUUGAAAGCAUGAAGAUGAAAGUGAUCCAUGUUGAAGUGUGUGUGUGUGUGUGUGUGUGUGUGAGAGAGAGAGAGAGAGAGAGAGAGAGAGAGAGAGAGAGAGAGAAAGAAAGAGAGAAAGAGAGAGAGAGAGGAGAUUCAGAUGUCCUAAAGAUACAACAGAAAUCUUGCCAUGGCAGCUACUGUUUGAAGCUAAGCAAAACCUUAAGAAGUGUGCAGAAGUAUCUUCUGCAAGUUGGUAUGGGUGGGGGAGACCAAUAUGCUCAGAGUAUAAUGGAGGAAGAAGGAAAAGAACAGAAAAGGAAAGAAGCAGGAAGGAUGUGAGGCAAAGGUAGUCAACAGCAAGAGUAAUAGUCAUCCUCAGGAGGGAGCCUUGUAGGGAGGAGAAAGGAGGAGUCAACUCACUGGAAGGAGAGUAAUGGGUUGGAGAAAGUGUUAACAUUCAGGCAGGCUACAAGAAGAAGAUUUAAGUAGAGAGAGCUGAAGGAAGGAUUUGGAUGUACAAAAUAAGUUGUUUUUAUAGAAGUGUGCUUUAAAGUGUAUAAAUUUUAUUUGUUGACCAUAUCUCAUGUACAUAAUAAUGACAGUUCACACAGACAUCCAUGAUUUACAUGCCACACAAAAAUAAAGCAAUGAAUUUCAAAGAUA